AUGUUCUCUAGAACGGUCUUCUCGGCUUUCCGCCCAAUCUCGCGGUCGACACCGCUACGCCCCAUUCGUUCCCCGGCGUUUCCUCUGCCAUCAACCCUUCAUGCCCGUCUUCUAUCCUCGGAGACCAGAGCAGCUAUUGACAAGGCUAUCGCAUCCGCUCCCGUCGUCCUAUUCAUGAAGGGUACUCCCGAAACUCCCCAAUGUGGUUUCUCGCGCGCUAGCAUCCAGAUCUUGGGUCUGCAGGGCGUGGACCCCAAGAAGUUUGUGGCAUUUAAUGUUCUCGAGGAUGCGGAAUUGCGUCAGGGUGUCAAAGAAUUCUCGGAUUGGCCGACCAUCCCUCAACUAUACUUGGACAAGGAGUUUGUUGGAGGAUGUGACAUCUUGAUGUCUAUGCACCAAAAUGGAGAGCUUGCUAAACUGUUGGAGACGAAGAACGUUCUCGUGGCAGCAGAUCAGUAA